AUGCCGCUCAAAGCCAAAGAGCUGACCGCUCACCCAGCAUACCAGAAACUGGAAUGGGAUCUGCCACCGGCGAGGAAAGGGAGGUCAGAAGUCGCUAAGGGGAGGACCGGUGGCCCCUUCAAAUUGAAUUGGGAGGUCCAUGGCGGGGGGAACACUAAGUUGGUGUGGAUAAUGGGGCUGGGAGCGUACCGAACCGCGUGGAAACGACAGACGAAAUACUUUGGGCACGAUCACUCCAAGACGUACUCGUCACUCGUCUUCGACAACCGCGGCAUGGGCCUCAGUGACAAGCCUACAUGUAGGUACUCAACGUCCGAGAUGGCUAAGGACGUCGUGGACCUUCUGAGUAAAAUUGGCUGGAUUGAGACCUCUUCGGCGUCGACAUCACCGAAACCACGCGACCUGCACGUCGUCGGCGUGAGCAUGGGCGGGAUGAUCGCGCAGGAACUGGCCCUUCUGAUCCCACACUCAAUCGCAAGCCUGAUCCUCGUAUCGACCUUCUCUCGCAUGGUUCGAACAAUCCCAUUCGUGGAGAAUCUGCGGCAGCGGAUCAACAUGUUCGUGCCGCGCGACAUCGACAUGCAACUGCAUGAGAUCGCGCAUCGCCUGUUUUCCUCCGAAUUCCUCGCCCUCCCAGACACAGAGAACUCCGGCUCAGAUCCGACGCUCAACUACCCGACGAACUGGGACCGUUUCGCCGCCAACGAGCUCAGCAAGCGCACUGACAAAGAGGGCUUUACCCGCAAGGGCUUCAUGCUGCAGGCCAUUGCGGCGGGCUGGCACCUUAAGACGAAAGAGCAGUUGUUGGAGAUUAAGGAGAAAGUCGGUGCGGAGCGGAUCGCGGUCUUGCAUGGGACGAUCGAUCGGAUGAUUACUUUCAAGCAUUUCGAGAUUAUCAAGGAGGAGAUGGGUGAGGGGCCGACGUACAAGGUCUGGGAUGGUAAGGGCCACGUCUUGAUGUGGGAGGAGCACGAGGAGUUUAAUACUUUUGUAAAGGAGUUUGUCGAUCGUCACAGUUGA